CAACACCCACCGCAGUAAUUUUUCAAUGACGCUCCUGAACGAGCGGCCGCCCGCCCACAGGGACUGAGCUCGCAGAUUAGCCGCCUUCCGCCCACAGCACGCCGCCUACCGCUCUGUCAAGCCACCGUGCAAGCUAGCGGCUAACUAUCUGAUCCUUACCUGGCCUGAGAGCUAAUUGUUCUCUUUCGUAAAAUUUGACGAGUGCUACCCAGUACUGUAGUGUGACGUUGGAGAAGAGUUCUUCAUGUCAAGGACUGCUGCAGCCACGGUGCAAUACAAAACUUGGGUCUGGAUUAUCUGAGGUACUACAAUGGAAGGAAAGCAGCUGAGUGACCCGCUAAACAAGAUAUCACUGAUUAAAGAUGAUCUCAGUAUGGCAAACAUGGAGUCUACCAGCGACUAUGAAAAAACAAUCCAGCGCUUGAAUGAGGAGCUUGGAAAAGCACAGGAUCAGGCCAACACCGAGAGGCACAAAUGCAUGGAGUUAGAGGAAAUCCUCAAUAAAGAGAGAAAAGACAAGAAACAACAAGCUGAAGAAUCGGCGAAACAGAUCAAACAACUUCAAGGUCAGCUGCGGCAGCUCCAAGAUGAAGUGGAUGUCCUCAGAGAGAAGACAGAUGUCUCCUCUGAUUUAUCUGACGAGCUACAAAGUUCACGUGAUGAGGUGAAGUCACUUAAACGUACCCUGGAGGAAGCAUCCGCUGAGCGGGACCGUGACGUCAGCGCAAUCGAGUUUAACCUGGCAACAGUCUCCAAGGAUUUAGAAAAAUGGCGUCAGACUGCCAGUAAAUACGAACGUGAGAUUGAUGACCUGCAGCGGGAUCUCCAACAGCAGGGCAAGCAGUGGCAGAAAACUGCAGAAAUACAAGCCAACGAGCUGCAGUCCAUGCAGGUGGAGUGUAAUGGCCUUCAGAAGGAGUGUUCUAUUCUGAGAUCUGAGAAACAGGAAUUAGUGAAUAAGCAUCAGAAAGAAAAGAGCAGUCUGCAAAGUGAGUGCACUUCCCUUCGGGCAGAAAAAGAGGAACUCAAUAAGGCCUACCAGAAAGAGAAGGGCAACUUGCUGCAAGAAAGUGCUGCAAUUUGUGCUAAAAGUGAGGCAACGCAGCAGAAACAGCAGCAGCUGGAGAAAGAACUUGUCAGCUCUCGUGCCCAGAAUGCAGAGCUGAGCAAUAGCCUGAAAAGCCUUGAGAGCGCACAGCAGGAGCUGGAAAAGAAGUUGGUUGCAGUGGAGCGCCAGCACCAGCAGGAAAGUAGUAAGCUGCAAACCCAACUGGAUGAAGCAUAUAGCCGCGAGAAGACACUGCAGAGAGAGAAUGAGGAGACCAAAACAGAACUGAGUGACCUAAAGGAAGAAUAUGAGAAGGCUGAGCAGGAGAAGCAGUCACUUGUGAAUGAACUGCAGGAGUGCAAAGCCAUCAUGAAGGAGUUACAGGAGAGCGGAACAAAGACGUCCCUAAUGCUGCCUGUUCAAGCCAUAGUCAUCGGCCUUGUCCUGGCUUUGCUGUUAUGGUGCUUCGGCGCAUUGUGGUAGUAAGAAGCCGUGGAUGAUCUGGGGGCCUGUGGUUGCUGUGGCUCUAACAGCUGUGACUGCUGCUGCACUCUUUAAGACCUGAGAGCUACAUAUAUGGCUCACACAUGCGCAACACAUGCACACAGCCAAUUAGUAUUUUCUCUGCACUGAAACUUACUUGUGUGACACACUAUUAUCUGCACUGUUAAUUCUGAGGAGCCAUACUUACCAAUGUUAAAAUAUCUUGGAAAUUUAUUUCAGAUGCUAGUUGAGUUUAUAAAAGACGAAAGUCAUUCUAUUGUUGAAAAUAUUGAGCUGUAAGGUCAUAAUGAAUGUACAUGUCUAAACACUAAAUGUAAUGGUGUAUAGCAAUAGUUUGGAUGGCUUUAUUUGCAGCUCAAGCCUCCCAUAAUUUACGUGUAUGUUUGUCAGCACAAUAAGUAUUAUCAAUAAAGUGACCUAAUUGAGUCAUGAUUAAUGUUUUUAAAUACAUAUAAAGUGCUGUCACCAGCAUUAGGUACGCGUGCACAAAACGUACAGUAUGCAAAGAAAUUUAACUUGAAUGUGUAGAUAAUAACUAAUAAAAAAUAACCCAAUUCAUAUUUAUCCCCCAUGUUAUAAAACAUUCUCCAGGUGUAUUGAUUAGGGAGACAAAUAUGGUGACUGCUGACAAGUUUUUGGCACCAUUACUUCCAGCUGUAUUUUGACUGCAGGAGAAAAUUUUUAAGAAUGAGUCUUUUAACCCUGAAAAAGAAGACAUUCUGUUCAGGCCGUGAGGACAUAAGUAUUCAUUGCUGCAUGCCGUUUCGUCACGUUAUAACAAAGAGGUGAGUGAGUUUCCAUGCAUUCAUUGUUGAUGCUGCGGUACAACCUGACUACAAGUGAAUCUCACAGGGCUCCAAAUUGGGCUUUUUGGCUGAAAAAGAGAAGGGGAUAUAGGUUGGAAGUCCAGGAAUUUGGGUUAUAUGAAUAUGUGUGCUGGCUGCCAAACUGCAAUAGUGUUGUUUUCAAACAUAGUCUCUUUAUUCAUUAAGUGAAAAGCAACAGUAGAGCAUACCCCUAGCGGGGGGUAUAUAAAUGUGACAAAAUCCUCUUUCUUUUAGUUGGGCACUGGUGCCAACACUUGUCAGUGUUUGCCAUAAUUGUGCAUGUAGUCAAUGGAUAGGUUUGCUGGCAUUCCUCUAUCAAGAUACACAAAGGAUGAAAAUUAGCCCAGAGGGUGAGGGAGAAACAAAACAAGCACCCACUUCCUUUUUCACUAAGAAGCCAAAUCACACUUCAAGUACAUGCCAGUAAUUACAGCAGAAGCUAACACUGUUAGCUAGUGCCAAGCUGUGUUAACAAUUAAGUGCUGUUUGCUGUUUGGCUUUUGACAUGAUAGCAUGACUAUGUAUUCUCCCUAAUUGGCUGCUAAGUCAAAGGUGUACAGUGUUUUGUAAAUUAUCCCUAUAAUAUUUUGAGAAAGUUAAUUUUUCCUAACUUUAACAGUUGUCUAAAAAGUUCUAGUGCAUUCAAGUUAAGGUAGGGGACUUCUGUACUGAAUUUUAAAGCCAUGGGCGGGGGUGGGGGGCGGCGUUGUGACAAUAAUUUGUGACAAUGAUGUUGAAAUCACACUUCCCCAACAUAUUGGACACUCUGGUCGCCCCCUCUUAAAAUGUGCUCAGUGGUUUAGACCAGCGACAAGUGAAUAAAGCCACUAUUUUGACUUUGUUAGCCGAAGAUGAUAUUGUAGCCUCGAGAAUAUCGGCGCCAAUCUUCCGCUGUGGUUUUUCAUGAGUUUGAGUACUCGCAUAGCAUAGAAGACUUUUUUUCCCCCCCUUCACAGCAUAGAACACAACUACUAAUGGUUGUAGGUUAGUUACGCCAAAACAUCCGACGAGCUAAGGUGCACCGCACAAUGCGUAUAGAAAAAACAAAGAAAAUACAGUGCUCAACAAAUUCAGGCAGAUUUGUUAAUGUAAAGGUUCAAAGUAUAGUGCGCUGCCCAAAAUUAAAUCAUGCUUCAGAAACACAACUUCAAACAUGAUUUUUUUUUUUUUCUUAAACGCAGCAUGGAAAAGUCAAACAGAACAAGUCCCGCCAGGUAGUGGGAAGUGCAAGUUCAGAAUGUAACUUAGAAAGUAAUUUGUUAUCCGAUUUAGUUACUUAAAAUCUAAUAAGUGAUUUAUCGAAAUUACUUUUGAGUUAACUGAAAUCCCUAAUUACUAGAUUGCUAUUUAAAAGUAACUAAUCCAUAAUUAGAUUACUAUUUAAAAGCAACAGUGGCAACACUGAAUUCAAGAUAACCGUCCAUGCCAGACAGCUGCUGCUGAUGUUUGUAUCUAUCUGCUAGUUGCCAGCCAGGCCUCUUGCGACUGUAGUGAGUUGUGGUGAGCUGCUUCAGAUCAUCUUUCAUCCCUUAUACCACUAACGGUGUUAGUGUAGAAGACUCAUGCAAUAUAUUUUUAUAAUUCUAGCACUAUAUUCUGUCCCUGCUUGUAACUUUCCAAAACGCAGGUAAACUCCAAAAUAAAUCUGCUCAAGAUUUUUUUUAAAUGGUGCCAUGAUGAUGUAUUCUAUUCCACGUCAAAUCAAAAAGUGAAGUUUGCUCAAAAUUUUGAUUAGUUACCACACACACAAAUGUUUUGACGGUUAACACAAAAAAUAUGUAAACAUCUCUGUCAAUAUAUUGACAUGAAUACUUUUAGGUUGUCAAUGUCGGGCAUACUAGAUCAAAAUGUGAAAUAAUUUGACGUCAAAAUUUACAUUAUGUAGUCUGUUAAGUUUAUUAGUGGAAUGUAUGCACCACUUUUGAAUUUACAACUCAGAAUCGUGAAGUUGGCGUGAGCUGGCAACUAAUGUGGUCAUAAGCCACCUUCUGCACAUUUUGGGCAUUUGUGACCAUCCAGUGAGCAAGCCUAUUUCUUGACCAAUGGUUUAUAUUUAGAUAUCUCGUAUUUUAACAUGGGUUACGUAACUCACACUUCAGAACUCCUACUACUAAACACAUUAAGGUUAAUCAGUCACUCUCAAUAGAGCACUGUGACCACGACCCUUUAUUGCAGUUUGAUCUAAUGGAAUACGUAGCUAAAAAAUCCCUGUCUCCAGACAUGAUAUUCUUGUCUUCUCCUGUUUGUACAAUACUCUGUGUAAAGGCCUGGAAUUAAACAAUUU